UACACACACACACACACCCAGUAGAGUAAGAAGAUGAGCAGAAACGAAAGGAAUAUGGAGGAAGUGAAGGUAAUAGGAUUCUGGACAAGUCCAUAUGUUUACAGGGUUACAUGGGCUCUGAAACUCAAGGGAGUCGAAUAUGAAUAUCAAGAAGAGGACAUAUGGAACAAGAGUGAUUUGCUUCUUCAGUACAACCCAGUGCACAAGAAGGUUCCAGUGUUUGUUCAUGGUGGAAAGACGAUUGUAGAGUCGGGUAUUAUUCUGGAGUACAUUGACGAGACCUGGCCGCAGAACCCUCUAGUUCCAACAGACCCUCAUGCGAGGGCCAUGGCUCGAUUUUGGAUUAAGUUUGUUGGUGACAAGAUGAAGAACUUUCAAGGAUUCUUCUUCAAAAGAGCUGGAGAAGAGCAAAUAAAAGCAGCAAAAGAAGCCCAGGAGUAUCUGAAGAUCUUAGAAGACCAUGGCCCUGAGGAGAAGAAGUUCUUUGAUGGUGACAACAUUGGAAUGACAGACGUAUCCAUGGGAUGGCUAGCAUUCUGGCUUGAGGCCAUGGAAGAAGCAUCUGGUGUACAAGUUCUCGAAGCCAAUAGCUUCCCUCGCUUGCACGCAUGGAUUAGAAAUUUCAAGCAGGUUCCUGUGAUUAAAGAAAAUCAUCCUGACCACACUCGGCUGGUAGCCUAUUUCAAACCGCUAAGGGAGAAGUUUACCAAGCCAGCGACUACGUGAUACCCUACUCUUACUUUCAAACAACAGCACAUGUACCGGGUAAGAAUAAUGGUUGUGAGUUGUGACAUAAACAAUAAACAAGGAAUAAUACCAGUGAAUAGUUUCAAUCACAUCAAGUACUGUUAGUGACUGAAUAAGAGAAGUUCUUUCUAACGCAUGUGUGUUUUGCUUGUC